AUGCUGAUCUUAAUCUACCAGGCUGUGCUCACUUAUGUGCCCCUGCUGUGGUGUGUAAGAGUGGCUGAGGGGAUGCCCGACCCCGCUCAGAGGGACCUGCUGAUGCGUCAGGAGGCGUCCAGACAGACGGGAGGCAAAGUGACACUGACGGCGGCUGAGCAGAAGCUGGACGUUUACCUUCAUCGACUGAAGGAGCAGGAGAUGUCUGCCUCCCGGUUUCCUCCAGCUAUCCACUUCUUCAAAGCAAAAGCUCUCAUCCAGAGGAGUCCCAUCUUCAAGCUGCUGCAGGAGAUGCCUAAAGGUGCAGUGCUGCACAUACACACCUCCUCUCUGGUCAGUGUUGAAUGGCUGGUGAGAAACGUCACCUACAGGCCGAACUGCUACAUCUGCUUCACCUGGGACAACUCGGUCCGCUUCUUGUUCUCCGCCCGCCAGCCCUUCCCUCGAUGGGACUGCUUCUACUGGCAGCUGCUGGAGACGCUAAGAGCCAGAAUGGACGACCCAACAGGCUUUGAUAACAGUUUAAUCCAGCAGCUCACACUGUUCACUGAGGAUCCAGAUGGUGAAUAUCCAAACCAAGAGGUGGUGUGGGAGAAGUUUGAGAAAGCCUUCAUCGCAGCUGCUGGGCUCAUCACCCACGCGCCCGUGCUGAGGGACUACCUCUACAGGGGCCUCGAGGAGCUUCUCCAGGACAACAUCAUGUACCUGGAACUUCGGAGCGGCCUCACAAGGACGUAUGAACUGGAUGGAACCAUUCACGAUAAGGUCUGGGCUCUGAAAACAUUUCAAGAAGUUACAAAGAAAUUUGUAGCCGAUCACCCGGACUUUCUCGGCGCUCGUAUCAUCAUCGCCGCGCACAGAGCUCUGAGUGUGUCGGAGGUCACAGCAGCUGUAAAAGAGGCCAUCCAGUUGCAGAAGGACUUCCCCGAUGUUGUUGCAGGAUUUGACAUGGUUGGCAGGGAGGACAGCGGGAGGACUCUUUGGUACUUCAGGGAGGCACUUUCUCUGCCAGCUGAUCUUGGCGUCACGCUGCCGUACUUCUUUCACGCUGGAGAAACAGACGAUGAAGGCACCGACGUAGAUCAAAACGUUCUUGACGCCCUCCUGUUCAACACCACACGCAUCGGGCACGGCUUUGCCUUGGCACACCACCCACUCGCCAAAGAGCUUUCUCGGAAAAGAAACGUGGCUGUGGAGCUGUGCCCCAUCUCAAACCAGGUGCUGAAGCUGGUAUCGGACCUGCGGAACCACCCUGCAGCUGUGCUGAUGUCUGAGGGCCACCCGCUGGUGAUCAGCUCUGAUGAUCCGUCUCUGUUCGGCACCACGGGCCUCUCCUACGACUUCUAUCAAGCCUUUGUUGGCAUCGGAGGGUUAAAAGCAAACCUGGGCACUCUGAAAGAGCUGGCUCUUAACUCCAUCAGGUUCAGCUCCCUGCCAGCUCAUCUGAAGCACAAGGGUCAGGUCAUGUGGCAGAAAAAAUGGGACGCCUUCAUCUUAAAUCACUCAUGACGGCCAAACCCUUACAGAUCCUGUUUGACUUGAAUAAUUAUUAUAGUAGCGCUAAACUAAAGCAAACAUUUAAAUGCCUCUAUUUAAUCUAUUUCUUUUGCCGUCAUCAAAAGGAUUUUCACACAAAAACUGCAAUAACAAAAUGUUUGGGGA